AAAUGAAAGAAGACGAUUUUGAGUUGUGGUAGCCAAUUUAACUGAUAUUAUUGCAAAUAAAGUUUUGACAAUAAAUAAUAGUCAUUCCAUUCAUUGACAAGAAAGAUGUCCAAAAAACUGAAACAAAAGCAUGUGACAAUAUUUAAGAAGAAUUUGGAGGAGAAGGUGAAAGCUUUAAAAGAACAGAAAGAUGAAGUCAGUAAAAUAGUCAUUGAUUUUAUAACAGAUGUAGAACAGGGAUGUACAUUAGCUGAAGAAUUAAUACAGUCAACUGAUUCACAUAAAUUACAAAAAAAAUAUCAGAAAACUAUGCAGUUAUUAGAUCAACAUUAUUAUAACUGUACAGUUUUAGCUGCAACUGUAGAGGAAUUUAAUGAAAGUACAGAGUCCUCUGAUACUUGCUCGAACCAGUCAGUACCGCCAUCUAUGAUAGAUACAACCACGUGUGAUGAAAGUGAAUAUGAGCUACUCAGAGGUGACAAGGAUCACAAUCCCAAAUUUAAAGAUAAGAAAGGAGAAACAACUUUGGUUGAAAGCUCUUUGGAAAUAUUAAAAACCGCUCCUAUAAAUUCUCAGGAUUUUUCAGAAAAGAGUAAAUGUGCAAAUUCAGGACCACAGUGCCGGCGUAAUCUGUCGCAAGAUGUAAACCAAGAACAAUUAUCUGUUGCGGAAAAUAAAAUGAUGUUAGACCAAGACUUCAGUGAAAUAAGGUCCUCAUUAACAUUAACUCAGUCAGGACUUGACAAUCAAGACAUAAAAAAGAGUCUUUUGAUUGAUUCUCAGGCAUCUUUGCCUGAAUCAAAACCAGAGGUCAGACUUGAUAUUCAAGAGUUAAGGCAUAGACUCUCACAGGAUGCUCCACUCUCUUUCUGUUGUGAAAUAGUAGCAUCAGACAAUAAUGCUCUUAUAUCUCGUUAUGUUGACAGGUAUUCAGAUGCAACUCUAUCAUGUAGUGAAGACGCUAUAGACUUUGAUAAUGUGCCUUGCUCAAGCCCGGUAAAGAUCAUAUCUGGCACACCACAUAGAGAAAACACUGCUCUAGUUACAGAAGCGAAGAAUGAUAGCAGUGAGUCAGGAUGUUCCCAAAGAAAAAUUUCCAAGAUGUCAGCUCCAGUCAUACGUGAAGUUCCGUUAUUAAAACCCAUAAAACAGCCCAAAGAACCUGUGAAUCAAAAUGCGUCUAAGGAAAAAAAUAGCAGAAGUGAAUCUGUUACGUCUGUUAUUCAAAGUUUUGAAAAUAGAGAUGAGAAUACUGUCGGACAAGAUUUAGUACAAAACCAAGAUUCAACUAAUUUGGGUAUCGUUAGACCAAAGCCAGGGCUAAACCAAAAUUCAUCUGGUUUGGGUAUCGUUAGACCAGGGCUAGGGCAAAACCAAGAUUCAACUGAUUUGGGUAUCAUUAGACCAGAGCUUGGGCAAAACCAAGAUUCAACUGAUUUGGGUAUCAUUAGACCAGAGCUUGGGCAAAACCAAGAUUCAACUGAUUUGGGUAUCAUUAGACCAGAGCUUGGGCAAAACCAAGAUUCAACUGAUUUGGGUAUCAUUAGACCAGAGCUUGGGCAAAACCAAGAUUCAACUGAUUUGGGUAUGAUGGAGUAUGAUUUGAAGAGUUCUUACCAAGAAAGUAUGCUGGAUCUCUCUAUUGCAAGUCACGUAACUACAGACUGUUACGAUUAUCCUACAGAGUAUAUGUAUCCAUAUUAUAAUCCAAAUUUCCUUGGAUUUCAAUCAAAUGACUUUCCAUAUCUUCCCCAAGAUCUAAAAUCCAAUCCUCCGGAAUCCAAAGUUCAGUUACCGGAAAAUAGUAAUAAUAAUACAAGUUAUAAACCAGUGGAAUCAUGGGAUAAUGUUGUUUCUCCGCCAAUACAAAAACACCCGAUGAUUACACACGAAAAUUCCACAAAUGACAUUAACUUUUCUCCGUCACAAUUUUCAGAUGCUGAUUCUGUGGAAUCGAAAACCUCAAAAAUAUCAAAAUCCAACUCUGUAGAAAAACCUGGAAAUAAAUUGAGUCCGCCAACACCAAGCCCAGAGGAAUCGAGUUCAAGUAGAACAUCAUCAAGUGUCAAAUCGCGUAAACUUUUGAUGAUGCAGCGAGCAAAAUUAGCGAAUAAAGUCAAAGCCUGUCUUGAAACGUCACGAGCAAAGUUUGGAAUUGAUGUGAAAAAGGGAUUAGGAGUAGAUUCAAGCUCGGAACAAGAGAGAGGGAAAAUUUCUUCAGAUAAACAUAGUACUGAUGAGAAAAAUAAUUCUGAAUGUGAAACGAAGGGAAGCCAUAAAGUAAAUGAAAGACAUGUUAAGGAUCCUGUUAAAACUAUUUUAGAAUAUGGUUAUGGACCUAAGGUUGAUCAUUUCCGUCCAGUUUUAAAUCAGCCUAUUCAUGUGAUGGUUUGUGAACUUAAUUCUCCGUGGUCAUUUUAUGUACACUCAUACAGUUCAGCCCUGGAUGAAUUAAUGGCAUGCAUACAACAGUAUGUAUCAAGUUAUAAAGAUGAAUAUGAGUUACCAGUAGUAAAAGAUAUGAUUUGUUUAGCUAAAUUUAAAUUAGAUGGAAAUUUCUAUCGUGCUAAAGUUCGAAACAUCAAAGGAGAUAAAGUGACAGUUCAGUAUAUAGAUUAUGGUAAUCAGGAAGAGGUCAUGACCCUUGAUCUUCGUCCACUAAAUAGUCAACUUGCACAACUGCCUGCUCAAGCUGUCUUCUGUGCUAUAGCUGGACUAGCACCAGCAGAGAGAGAUCGAUCAUGGACCGAAGAUGAAAUAAACAUUUUAACUAUCCAUGUAAAAAGUCAAGUACUACUGUGUAAAGCAGUCUAUUGUAGUGAUAAUCCUUCCUUUCCCCACUUGGUGGAGCUAGUGUUGAUGGUUUGGCCAGACAGUAAUAGAGGGCAGCAGUGGAACUUUCCCUGUGUUAAUAUGAAUCUCAGUGCCAUUAUGAUUCGACAAGAACGAGGACGUUUUAUUCCGAUAUCCGAACAAUUAGACUGUUUACGUGUCAUGUACAAACAAGUGUUGAAAAAUGCCCAUUCUGUGAUCUCGAGUAUCGAAAAAGAUAAGGCCAAAGCUAAUACUAAAAAUGACAGUUUGGAUGAUAAAGUAUCUGUUGAAAGUGGAUUUGUGUCCUCAAAAACACCUCACCAAUCUCCUGUUCUUUCUGUAGAUUCAUUCAGGAUGCAACAAGGUUCUAAUUCACUCACUUCAAAUGAAAAACGGCAAACCAUUCCAAAAGAUGAAGAGCAAAAGUUUGAAAACGACGUUAGUAAAGAAAUAGAAAAGUCCAAAUCGGAAGAACAUGAUCGUUCAAAAGUAGGGAAUGAAAAGUCAGAAAUAGAUAACAAAUUAAAAGUAGUCAAGGACAAGGACAAUGAUAAUGAUACAGUUACUGUAGACAUUAAGAAAGUGAAAGUAGACAAUAACAAUGAGGAAGUGAAAGUAGAUAUUGAAAAACACAUUGACAAAAGCAUAGAUGUGGGUAAGAUUAGCCAAUCUAGUGAAACAACGAUGAAGUCACAUGUUAAAGAUGAUGAAAACACACAUAUUUCUUGUCACCAGAAAAAUGUUUCUAAGGAAUCAAAGAGGGCUGCUACGAAGACGGAAGAAAAAUCAAGUCAUAACACAAGAGAUAAAAAUACUAGGCCUAAUACUGAGAGUUUUAAAACAAUGUUGGCAUCAAAGUCGGAAGAAACAGUUGCUUCCAAACAUUUAACGAAAGAAGAACUAAAAAAUACUGAAACAGAUACUAAAAUCAAAUUUAACGUUUUAAUGGCUCACAUCAACACACCAGGGGAUUUUUACGUGCACAAAGUCUCGCUUGAAAAUGGACAAAUUCUUGACAAAUUGAUGGAGAAUAUCAAUCGAAAAUUCUUUGCCUACACUAAGAAAAGAUUAGAGCAACUGAGUCGCGAUUUUCUUCCCAAAGUGAAUGAUUUCUGUUGUGCCAAAUUUAAGGAUGGAUUUUAUUAUCGUGGCAAGGUUGUGGAACUAAUCAGUAAAGGAAAUGUUAAAUCGAGUAAAAAAUACCAAGAAGUUAUUGUUUUCUAUGUAGAUUUUGGGGAUAAAGAGAAAGUUUCUAUUAAUCAAGUUUAUCCACUGCCUAAAGAGUUUACAGUUCUACCUCCCAUAGCGUUAUGGUGCUGUUUAUCUAAUAUCAAACCUCUAGCUCAGAAUACGACAUCCUGGCCGCUUGUCUCAACCGUGGUAUUUAAGGAAUUAUGCUCAGAGAGUGGUAAAGAUGAUAAAAUGCUGUCCGUUACCGUAGCUUGUGAUAAUCUACCUAAAUCAGGCAGUGUUCAGUUGGAACCAUUACCUGUUUUUCUGGUAGAUUAUAAUCAGAAGGAAGAAGUUUGUUUUAAUCUUGAAUUAAUCCGUCUGGGUUUUGCUCAAGCUUUGAUUAAUCGACCAGAAACACCACCACAAAUAGAUGAUGAACUGUUGCUUGAUUGGGAUCCAAUGCAGGAAGAUUUUAAUUCUAUUAGAAACAGUUAUAAAAUAGAUGUAGAUGAUCCAAGUGUAGCUACAAUGAGUUAUGAUGCUAAAGAUGACAGAAGAAUAUGUCGAUGGUAUAAUACACCUGGUGAAUGUUGGCGUGGUGAUCGCUGUCCAUAUUUACAUAUAAAGAAAACGGAUGUGAUAACUCAAGAUAAAGAGGCUGUAUUUGUUUGGAAUGAAGAUCAGAGUGAAAUAUUACCAGAAGUUGACACAUUAGUUGUUGUGGUUGUUUCUACCAUCAUUAGUCCACGACAUUUCUACGUUCUACUACCUUAUGGAAAAGUAACUCUAGAUUAUCUUCAGACACAAAAAGAUAAGGGAGCUUAUCGUGAAGCAGAGGAAAAUUUAGAAGAUUUACAGAAAUCAUUAAAUAGUAUUUACCGGCGAGGUGGAUCUCAACAUGAUCUAUUAGUAUAUGCUGCCGGACAAGCUGUAGCUGUACAGGGCCAUGACAACAAAUGGUAUCGUGGGAAAGUUAUUGAUACAAAUCCAGAAGAUGAACGAGUCAAGAUAUUUUUUGUGGAUUUUGGGAAUACGAGUUGGAUAAAUGAGAGAAACAUCCGUAAACUAGAAGCACAGUUUCUACACCUACCUCUACAAGCUGUUGAAUGUUUUCUAGAGGAAGUUGAACUACCAAAACGAAAAACUGUGUGGUCAUACGCCUCUCGUGAAUAUUUUCGUUCACUGGUUGAUGGUAAAACUCUGGUAGCUCAAGUUACAUCACGGUCAUGGCAUGGAAGUUUAAAAAUCAAUCUCUUUGAUACGUCUGGACGUCAGGAUAUAAACAUAGCUCAAGCUCUUAUUGAUGGUGGCUAUGCAUGUGAGACACCAGACGAUUUUCCUGCAACUAAUGUUUUAUCAGGUUCAAGUCAAGAUUCUAUCGUGUAUGUUCCUGGUUAGAAAUAAAUACAAAUCUGAAAAUAAUGCUACAACAGGAAUUAACACUACAGCUGAAAAUAGGAAAUAAUGCCACACCUGGAAAUAAAGCUACAACUGAAAAUAACGCUAUAACUGGAAUUAACACAACAGCUGGAAAUAGUAAAUAACGCAACAACUGAAAAUAACACUGCAACUAAAAAUAACGCUGUGAAAGGAAAUGAAUAUACAACUAACGCAAUAACUAAAAAUAACACUGCAAAUGAAAAUAACACUACUACUCAAAAUAACGCUACAACUGAAAAUAACGGUGCAUCUGGAAAUAACUCGACAACUGAAAAUAACGCCACAACUGAAAAUAAAGCUAUGACACCCAAAUGAACAACAAUAAUAUAUAGCUUUUUUGUCUUGUGUUCCCAGAGUAAUAAUGCCCUAUUUUUAUGAAAUGGCUGAGAUGAAAUUUGAUUUUACAAGAAAUAAUAAUAUUAUAUAUUCUAGAAGUUUAUGGGUACAAUAAUCACUGUAUGUAUAUUUUGAAGAUUAAAUUACAGGUUUUUUGUAAAGAUGCAUUAUGUAAGAGUUAGAUAAAGAGCUGGCAUUUUCGCUGUAAUAAUAGAUAAAGAAAAAUGAACAUAUUGAAAAUUUUAUUCAAAUAACUUUAUUCUGAGCGAAGUUAUGACUCUUUGAAGAUGUAGCGUCUUGAUUUUCCAUUUAAUCAUUAAAUGUUCAAAUGGCAGGUAUUUAAAUCUCGGCCAUCUGAUAGUCUAGAGAGCCGAUUGUAGGCUUGUCAUGUGGAUAAAUGUCUAAAUAUUUAUAUAACAUUUGAAGCCAGAAAAAGACCUGAAAUAAGCAGAUUUAGCUCUUACAUAAUGCAUCUUUAAUGUACACUAGGACUUGUGGUGAGAAUUUUGUCCGGCAAAGAUUUUUCUGUAUUUUUAUUGCUAUGUCAGGUACAACUUAAAUAGUGCCUGAUAUUUUCACAGGCACAACUAAUAUCAUUAAUAACAAUACUCACAAGGAAGCAAUUAUGUAAAUAGUGUGAAUCUAGUUAGUGUGAUAAAUAAUUACACCAUAUGUAAAUAUUUCAUGUUCAUAAAAAAGUAUUUUAAUUAA